UUUCUAUUGUAUUUAGUUACUGUAAAAAUAGGAAAUAAGGAAAAUAAAUAAACUUUACCACCAUUUUUCAAACUUUCCCCGCUGCCCCUUUUAUUGCACUUGCACUGGGCCAUUCCAAGUAAGGGUCUUUUCUGGUAUUUUUUGACCCAACUGUCAUCACAAACGCGGGCGCGUUAUUCAUAAUAUCGCAUAUAAAUAAUAGCAUUAAGGUUGGUUAAUAAAUGUGUUUAAUCACAGGCGAAUCUGAUUUCACGGAAUUAGACGGAUAUACUCGAAUCGUAGGGGGUCAAGAUGCUCUAGAGAACUUCGCGAUUUACCAAGCCUCCAUACACAAGCACAACGAGAACCAACAAUGGCACACGUGUGGCGGUUCUAUCAUACACGAAGAAUGGGUUUUAACAGCUGGUCUCUGCACAUAUGGUGUUAAUGCCAAAGAAGUGUAUAUAGUGGUUGGAUCAACCCGACUGAAAUCAGGCGACGACCGUUACAAAAUAAAGAAAAUUAUCACUCACGAGAAUUAUGCAAAAGAAUAUUUGAGAAAUGACAUAGGUCUAAUGAAAGUCGAUGGGAAAAUCAAAAUGAAAAAGAACGUUAAAAUAAUCAAAUUGAGGAAACAGCCUGUGCCUGUUGGAACAACUUGUGCUCUGACAGGAUGGGGGUAUACUAACGAUAAAGGAACUAUGCCGAACAAAUUUCAAAUUCUGUUCUUCAGGAUUAUUACCAAAAAGGACUGCAACAAGCAGUUAAAACGUUCCAAUUCCGAACCAAUCGAUGACAAACAGCUCUGCGUGAGGGGUCCACAUAAGAAGGUUGCUUGUAGAGGUGAUUCAGGAGGUCCUAUGGUUGUUUCUGAUGGAAAGAAAGGCGUUGUUCAAGUUGGAGUCGUGUCCUGGGGGACAAUCCCGUGCGCUAAAAACCAGCCGGAUGUUUUUGCGUCAGUUUCUGGCUAUUAUGACUGGAUUGAGAUAAAUAUGAAGGAUUAAAAUAUCUGUUUCGACAAAUCAUUAACUGCUAACCUAUGUACAUAUAAAAGUCUAUUAUAUAUAAUUUUUAUUUUUUUUAAUUUUUAUAUGUAUAGCAUUAUGCACACUACAAUGUGACAUUUAAUAAAUAGCAAGUGGUAUGUAAAAAAUAUAUCUUUUUUAUUUUGAACUA